AUGUUAAACAAGAUGGGUGUUUUGAAAGUGGCAUUAUUUUAUACUUGUGUGUUUUUUUUUCUUGGUGGCAUUCGCAACAGUGAAGGAUGCAAUAAUGAUUUAACUGGCGCAUCUGCUGCUGUACGACUCUCAAACGAUUUGUUUUGCGCUUACGAUAGAAACAUAAGGCCUGUAAUAAAUCAAUCAUCUCAAUUAAAUGUUGAAACCAAAUUUUAUAUUUACACUGUUCAUAUGAAUGAAAAAUGGAACAUUUUACAAAUGAGUAUUCAAUUAAUUAUGAAUUGGAAAGAUGAAUUUUUAGUUUGGGAUCCUUCAAAAUAUGACAAUAUUGAGAGGAUGAGUGAAGAAUCAUCCCGUCUUUGGAUACCUGACAUUAUGUCAUAUGAUGUGGGAUUCAAUGGUGAUGAUAAUAGAGAAUCGUCUUACUUUUUACCAACAAGUAUGGUGAAAAUAACUAAUAAAGGAAUAGUUAAAUACAAUCACCGUAUAAUUCUAAAUUCUCAAUGCUCAACCAAUAUAGCUAAAUGGCCGUUUGAUUCCCAUAAUUGCACUUUUUUUAUAGGAUCUCCUGUGUAUACCAAUGUAUAUGUAAACUACACAUUUACAAACGGAUAUUACGAUAUGUUUUUUUAUAAACCUAAUCGAGAAUGGGAAGUUAAUAAAAUAAGUCAAGAAUGUUUGUUUAUCACUUAUACCAAUUCAAAUACAUCUCAACACUGCGUCUUACAAUACGAUAUAAAUAUAAUUCGAUAUUCAACCAUGUACUAUUCAUCCAUUGUAAUCCCAGCAGUUGUGUUAUCAUUGAUGAAAAUAUUUACGUUUUUAAUGGGUCGUGAAUCAACACUUCGAUUAAUUUUAUUAAGUAUAAUUUUCAUUUCUGAAUUGCUGUACAUACAAUUCUUGGACAUGAAAUUACCAAAUAAUGGCAAAGAAACAGUAUACAUAAUUCUAUUGUAUCGCAACUCCCUAAUUCUAACAGCAAUAGCACUUAUUGUAACUGUGAUUAGUAAUGCAUUUUAUAAACAUGGUACUGAUGAUUUUCCUCGCAAUGGUCCUGAAUGGCUCAAGUCUGUAUCAACAUUUCUUUUAAAUAAAAAACCGAUUGCUAUGCUAACUAAUUUUAACACUCAGGGAGCAGAACUUUUGAUAGAAAAAAAUAUGGAAGAGGAAACACCCAAUACUCAAAGAGAUGAAAAUGCUUUAUUUUGGAAAACACUGUCUAUCUUAUUAGAUCGUCUAUCGUUUGUAAUUACAUUAGUAAUUUCAUUUAUAAAUUUAUGGUUUUUAAUACCCUAAUUAAAUUUACUUGUGAAUUAAAAAAUACAAUUAUAACUUUAUUUAAUU